AUGGGGGCAGGAGGUGCUGUGGACCCACUGAGGCCCUGGAGCCCCCUCUUCCUCUCCUGGCCUCAGGAUGGCGAGACGGCCCCCUAUGGCUUUGACAACCAGUCCAAGCACUGCCUGCAGCAUCUGGGGAAGCACUACCAGCUCCAGACCCGAGACCUGCGGCCGGGGGACGCUACCCUUUACCGGGUCAGGGUGCCGGAUGCCGGCGUCUCCCGCACGGAGCUGGAGGCCAGCGCCGUCCUGCCCCAGGUGGUGGUCCCGCUGGCCUGUGCCCACUGCGGGGAGCAGGGCGAUGCGGUCCUCGAGGCCACUCUCUCUGACCCCUGCCCCGGCACCACCUGGCAUCGCCGGCACCGGCCGCUCCAGCUGAGUGACAGAUACGAGGUGUUCGUGUCCAGUGAUGGGCUGACCCACUGGCUUCUGGCAAGAAGGGCCUGUUUCUCAGACGUGGGCCGCUACUCCCUCGGCACCAAGCUCCACGCCUGCGGCGCCUGGCUGGUGGUUGAAGGCCCUACAGGCCACUUCUCCCAGGGCCUGGCUGACUUGGAGGUGCAGCGCGGGGAGGCUGCUGUGCUCUCCUGCACCCUCACCAGCGACCUGGGACCCGGAGCCUGGUUUAAGGAUGGAGUCAAGCUCAGCGCCCAGGACGGAGUCGCCUUCGAGCAAGACGGGCUGGAGCACAGGCUCCUCAUUGCCCGCGCAGAGGGGACCCGGGCUGGGAGGUACAGCUUUGGAGCCGGCGACCAGCAGAGCGAGGCCACGCUGACCAUCCUCGAGCCCCCGGUCAUCGCUCCCGACAUGAUGGCGAAGCUGAGGGAGCCGCUGGUGGUCAAGGCGGGGGAGCCAGUGACCAUGAAGGUCGCCUUCCAGAGCUGCCUCCCGGUCCAGGCCACCUGGAGCAAGGACGGGGUCAAGGUGGCCGGCGGCGACGGCGGAGGGGCCCAGGUGGCAGUGGGGGACAGCUCCACGCGGCUGUACCUCCCCAGCACCAGCAGGAAGGACUGCGGCCAGUACAGCGUGGCUCUGAGCAGCAAGGGCGGCUCCCUGCGGGCCGAGCUCACCCUGCAAGUCCUAGACAAGCCUCAGCCCCCACAGGGCCCCCUGGAGGUGCAGGACGGCCACGGGGCUGGCGUCUGCCUCUCCUGGCGGCCCCCGACGGAUGACGGGGGCCAGGCCCUGCAGCACUAUGUGGUGGAGAGGCGGCAGGCUGGCCUCGGCACUUGGCUGAAGGUGGGCGAGCCCCCUGCGGACAGCACCACCUUCACAGAUGCCGAGGCGGAGCAGGGCAAGAAGUACAGCUUCCGCGUGCGGGCCGUGACCGCGGAGGGGCCUGGGGAGGCCCUGGAGUCCGACGAGGUGCUGGUGGCUCCCGAGGUUCUGCCCGGGCCCCCUCCCCCGCCAGCCAUCCUGUCGGCCUCCAGCCAAAGCAUCACUCUGUCAUGGACGGCACCUCGGGGCCCGGGCAGUGCCCACAUCCUGGGCUACCUGAUCGAGAAGCGCAAGAAGGGAAGGAACACCUGGGUGGCAGUGAACCAGCAGCCGGUACCUGAGAAGAAGUGGACGGUACUGGACCUGAGGCAGGGCUGUCAGUACGAGUUCCGGGUCACAGCCGUGGCCCCCUCUGGCCCCGGAGAGCCUGGGCCCCCAUCGGAUGCCGUCUUUGCUCAGGACCCCAUGAGACCCCCCGGGCCCGUGAGGGAUCUCCAGGUCACGGACACGUUGCACGCCAGCAUCACCCUGAGCUGGGCCCAACCGGACCCCCAGGACGGGGACGAAGCGCUGGGCUACGUGGUAGAGCUGGGCGACUCAGCCAGCCCGCAGUGGAGUCCGUGCCACGCAGGCACCGUGCCGGGCACUACCUACACGAUCAAGGGGCUGCGGCCUCGGGAGGGCUACUUCGUGCGGGUGACAGCCGUGAAUGACGGGGGCCGAGGCCCGCCCACUGCCCUGGACACGGUGGUGCAAGCCAUGCCCGUCAGUGUCUGUCCCAAGUUCCUCAUGGACGCCAGCACGAAGGACUCGCUGACGGUCAGAGCUGGGGACACAGUUCGUGUGCCUGUCCACUUUGAGGCCGCCUCCAUGCCGGACGUGACCUGGCUAAAGGAUGGCUUGCCCUUGCCUAAAAGAAGUGUGACCUCCGUCAAGGAUGGCCUCACCCAGCUCCUGGUCCCCGCGGCCAGCCUCGCUGACAGCGGCCUCUACACUGUGGUGCUGAGGGGUCCGCGGGGGGAGGAGGCCACCUAUAGCUUCCGCCUCAGGGUGGCAGCGCGCCCACGGGCCCCGGGGCCCAUCCUCCUGCGGGAGGGCACGCUGGGCUCAGUGAUCGUCGAGUGGGUGCCGUCCCCGGACGAGGCCGACGGGAGGGCCGCCCCGCUGCACUACACGGUGCUGACGCGCUCCUCCCCGCACGCGCCCUGGCGCCCCGCGGCCGAGCGCCUGCACACCUGCCGCUUCACCCUGGUGGGCGUCCUCCCGGGCCACGAGUACCACUUCCGCGUGGUGGCCAAGAACGAGCUGGGCGCCAGCGAGCCCUCGGACACGCGCCAGCCCUGGGUCGUCCCGCGGCAGCCGCCAGUUUCCACCGCAGACAGGGUCACGGCGAAGGCUCCCAGCUACCAGGAGCCCGACCUGAGACAGAAGCCCCGCUUCCUGGUGGGCCUGCGGACCCACCUGCUGCCCCUGGGUUCUGAGUGCUGCAUGACCUGCGCCGUGCGGGGCUGGCCGCGGCCCCGCGUCACCUGGUUCAAGAACGACCAGAGCCUGGCAGGCGACCCCGCCGUGUACAGCACCGACCUGCUGGGCGUGUGCUCCCUGGUCAUCCCCAGCGUCUCGGCCGAGGACGGUGGCAAGUACAAGGCGGUGGCCGAGAACACACUGGGCCAGGCCAUCAGCACCGCCACCCUCAUCGUCAUGGUGGAUGAGAUCACUGGUGAGCAGCUCUUGGCUUGA